AUGGCCAGCAAACGAUCAAAGAACGCCCCUCCUGCCGACGAUCUCGACGAGCUCUUCGAGGGUAUCGGCGACGAGACUACCGCUCCCAAAAAGACCACAAAGACAAAGGGCCCGGUCGGAGCCAAGAAGACCGGCCCAGGUGGCCCUGGCAAGGACAUACUCGCCGAGCUGGAAAACGAGCUCGAGGACAAGCCGAUCUCACGCCCGCACACGCCCCGCAUCAAGGAGAUUGCCGCCUCCUCGACCUCGAGAGCCUCGCCCGCUCGUCGUGCUGCUGCCGGGACGCCGCCUCCGGAUGCCGCCUCGCUUCCCCGUCGGUCUGCCGACAGCGCAAAGUCUGCUCUGGCUGCCGAGGUCGUACAUGAUCACGCACCAGAGCUGAUGUCUACAUCGGCAUCGGCACCAACAGCAGCACCUGCUGCUGGCGGCGGCGGCUCCGGCUGGUGGGGUGGUCUGCUCUCGACCGCUUCAGCAGCCAUGAAGCAGGCCGAGGCUGCUGUUAAGGAAAUCCAGCAGAACGAGGAGGCCAAGAAGUGGGCCGAACAAGUCCGCGGAAACUACUCUGCUCUUCGCGGCUAUGGCGAUGAACUUCGCCAUCGCGCACUGCCGACUUUCACCGACAUUCUCCACACUCUGGCACCACCAAUUGCCUCACACGAGCGGCUGCUCAUCCACAUCACCCACGAUAUGGUCGGCUACCCGUCGCUCGACCCGCUCGUCCACGGCGCCUUCUCGCGCGUCAUGGCCCAGGUCGAGGGCGGUGAUCUGAUGGUCAUCCAGCGCGGGCAAGAGAGCGCUGUGCGCACGUCGUCUUCAGCGUCGGAGCGAAACCCGGGGUCCACAGGCAACGGCACGGCUGGCUGGCGCGAUGGGCCCUGGUGGCGUGCUGUCGACAGCCCUCGUGAUCUCGGGGCCGUGCCAGGACUGCAUGAGGGCACGAAGCUGUGCCGCGCCAGUGCUGAGGCCUAUGCUAAGGAGUACCAUGCGGCCACUGGCGGCCUGGAUGAGGCUCGUCACCGCGCCGUGGAGCCCAUGUCCGAGAGCAACCCGGUCCGGCGCUCCGACUUAUUCCUGGCCGUGCAGGCCAUCCUCACGACUGCGGCUGCUGCCGGCAGCGACAGCAACACAGAGCCGCUCUUUUCCGGCUUUGCGGUCUACGUGCUGGACCCGGUGCACGAGAUUGUCUUCUCGACCGUCAGCCAGGAAUUUCCGUCCAAGUGGACACGCUGGCUGGAGGCGCCGGCAGCGUUGACGCCCGCCAGCAGCAGCGUCGACGAUGGGACAGCGGCAGCGACGGCGGUGUCGGGAGGCGACGACUACGAGCGUGUGCCCGAGGACAUCCGUGCCAUUAUUGAGAGUGGUGGCGUCGAUCCGCGCGAGUGGGUGGCCGAGUGGGUCGAAGAGGCGCUCACGCUGGCCGUCGGCGUUGUGGCCCAGCGCUAUGUCGCACGCCGGAUGGGUGUCGGUUUGGGCAGCAUUGGCAAGGGUAAGCGGCGCAUGGACGCCGUUAUUGCAGAUGGUGGCGGCGAGGCUGCACGAGCCGGCCUGAUCUAG